AUGCGGCUGUGUAAGAAGCAAGGCAUUCCCUUCCUGCCGUUCAAGCCUCUCAUUGGUCAAGCGCUCGACCUCUACCGUCGCACCCCGCACUCUUCCCCACCGUCCCCCAACCAAACCCCCUCUCCCGCCUCCUCCGCCUCCGCCUCCCCCUCCUCCGCGUCCCCCUCCCCUGAAUCUCCCCCCUCCACCCACGGCCCUGCUGUGUUGCUUCCGCGGCUGCACCUGUGGCGCGAGCAGUAUGGGGACGUGUUCGGGUUCACUGUAGGGGCCACGGUGCAACUGAACUUUGCCCUCUGGGCAGCAGGAAGGAGCAUCCGCAACCUGACCCUGCACCUGAUUGGCAAGAGGCGGGCAGCAGCAGCAGUGCGUGCGGAGGAGGCAGCACAUGGAGAGCAGCAGGGGGGGGCAGCAGGGCGGGGUGCACGGGACCUGUUGGCGUUGAUGCUGGCAGCACAUGACGAGGCAGGCAACGAGCAGAUGACGGACCAGCAGCUCAUGGACGAGUGCAUCACCUUCCUCCUCGCUGCCAUUUGCUUCCCUCACUCGCAUUAUCAACCAUCUUCUCUGCAUUGCCUCCCUUCUGUGCGUCGUGUUGCCUCCCCUUCCCAUUUCACCAAUGCCCAUCUUCCUUCUGCCGCCCCCUCCCUCGUCGCCUCCCAUCUUCCUCUGUGCCCCUCUCCCCUUCGCCCCCCAACGCCAGGCCACAGCACCACGGCACACCUGCUGACGUGGACGUUCUAUCUUCUGGCGAAGCAUCCCGACUGGCAGGAGCGGCUGAGAGCAGAGCUCAAGCAGGCGCUGACUCAGCAGGGGGCAGGAGACACGUCAGCAGUCCCCACAGCCAGCACAGCAGCGGGAGCAGCAGACAAGGCAGGGUCAGAGGCAGGUGGAAGAUGGGAGGCGACGAGGGAGGGGGCGGCAGUCCCCUUCCUGGGCCGCACGUGCCAGCAGGCGUGCAGGCUGGGACCAUACGACGUGCCGCGGGGCAUGGACGUGCUGAUACCAGUCGCCAUGCUGCACUAUGACCCACAAGGACAUUGGUGGCCUGGAAUGCUCACUCCGUCCUUCUCACCACACCUCCCCUUUCCAGGCGUGCAUGCUGGGCCCAUAUGA